AUGAUCUGGUCGUACGCACUACCAGGCCGCAUACUUCUGGUCGAACCAUUGAGCCCACCUUCACUCGGCCCGUCCAAGGAGCAACGUGCUGCGUUACUCGGGCCGUCCAUCUGCCAGAAAGACGAGACAUGCAGAUCUUUACCGCCGCCAGGAAUGGCAUUCGCUUGCCAGGAGGCACGCGCGGUCAUGAAGCAAGACAGUGUUGGCAAGGCCUACCCGAUCAAGGCAAUGAACUCCAACCCCAACCUUCAUGGGCGUUGGACAUGGUUCGAUCCGGAACGAGAUGUUCUCUGCAUCAACUCAUGGGCGUAUGAGCCCUACUCUGAGUCGCCUGGGAGAACAUCUAGACAAGGCCUGCACCGGCCACCGCGUCCUUUGAGGAUCAUGGACCUAAGCUCGUUCAGUAGCACCAUCGAGACAGUGUGUCUAUCCUUGACCGCCUUGCAGCAGGCUCCGAGAGUGAUUGUAAACGAUUUGACAGAUCAAAGUCUCUGCCCGAGGCUGGAAAGAUUUCUUUUCUUUGAAACCACGCUUGUUAUACAUGUCGCUGCUGGGGUUGACAUUCCUCCGUCACUCUUCCCAAGGAGUGACCAUGUUGCACUUGUUAGUGCUCAAGACCAUGCGAGAAUCAGAAUGUUCAGAGGAUUUUACGAGAAGUACGCCAUGGGCUGCGAUGUCAAUACUCACCAGCAGCUAUGCUCACUGGCGGAUCCCUCAGGGUUUGAAAGUCGAGCGAAAAGUAUGCUUAUAAGGUUGAGAGACACGUGGGUAGAUGUGCAUUGGCUAAGCCUGCCGCCAACGUCGCCCAUGGCAUCACAUACUGGGCUGAAGAGCAUAUUCAAUAUGCGAGGUCCACACAUGAGCCAGUCCCAGUACGAUCAUGAACAUCCAUGGGUGCAAGAAGUACUGAGUACUAUGCCUGAUUUCGAGCUGGUGGUACAAUUCCGGCUGUGUCAGGCGGCUGUACAUGAGCACGCCUCUCCAUCGAGUACGAGAGGAGGUGGAAGAGGAAGUAGCACGCCCAUCGUGGUUUAA